AUGAUACCCCGACGCUCUAUUUUAGUAGCCGCGAGUGGCACUUUAACAGGUGUGAUUGCUUUAGCGGUAUCUGAGCCGGCCUUGCAUGUCGUUCAGAUCGAAACAACUCCUAAUGGCUUCACGAGUUCACCUAGGGGAUGGAACUCUUUCGGUAUACAGGACAACCCCAAUACAACACCGGGCUUUUCAUUUAACCAGACUGGAGUGAUAAGUCAAUGUGACGUACUCGCAAAAACCACUGCACUUAAAGGCGCCGGAUAUGUAUAUUGCAGUCUCGACUCUGGAUGGUCCGUAGGUAGCAAUGGCGAUGAGUUUGGACGUAUCAUUUAUGAUUCGUCCAUAUUUGAUAUUCCGAGCUUAGCUAGCCACCUACACGCUGAAGGGUUACUCCUCGGCGUAUACGUCGUGCCCGGGGCAUUCAUCGCCGACGAGGCGAAAACUAUCUUUGGGACGAGUGUCACUAUUGGCUCGGUGUGCUCCGGCGAUAACGGCUUAUCUCGUUGCAAUUUUGAUUACUCUCAACCGGCCGUUCAAGAAUGGCAUAAUUCUGUUGUGAACCAAUUCGCUUCUUGGGGUGUCGACUUCAUCAAGCUUGACUUUGUAACGCCAGGAUCACCGUCAAACAACGUAAACCUGCCUCCUGACUUGAGUGGCGAGGUCGUUGCGUACCACGAAGCUAUUGCACAGUCGGGACGGGAGAUACGUCUAGAUAUUUCGUGGAAGCUGGAUCGUUCACAGGAGUAUUUCGACAUCUGGGAGACGAAUGCUGACUCUAUGCGCACCGACCAGGACAUCAACAACUGUGGGGAGUCUACAUUUGUCUCUUGGGAAGUUGUCCAGCGGGCCAUCGACAACUACCGACAGUACAUCACCACCGUGAUGCUAUAUAAUACAACUCUAACCAUAUACCCUGACAUGGAUAACCUGUUCGUAGGCAACCCUGCCUCGGUGUCAGGCGUGACGGAUGACGAGCGCCAGACUAUCAUGACACACUGGCUCGGAGCCGGUGCCAACCUUAUCAUCGGCUCUGAUUUAACUAACCUUGAUGCCUUUGGACUCAAUCUAUUGGCAGAUGCAGACGCUAUCGCAAUUGGUGACUUUACCUCCCACCACCCGAUGCAGCCCCGUAACCCGGGAACUGGCCUCCCCAGCUCUCAACAGUUACAGGCGUGGAUCGCUGGGCCAGACGAGUCAGGGGCCGCCGUGGUGAUAAUCGCUAACUACGGCCCGGACGAGGGCCAAGGAGGCUUUGGGACAUCGUUAUCCGGCGUGCAGACGAUUAGGGUAUCAUGGGAUGAUCUCGGGAUUAGUGGGGAGUUUGAGGUCCAUGAUGUAUGGGCCAAUAAGGAUUUAGGGGCUGAGAGCUCGAGUUUGACCUUGCAGCUUGGGGAAGGACAAAGCGUUUUAUACAAGCUCACUCAAUCAUAG